CUCGGUUCCCUCCCAUAACUAUUACCUAUCACCAUCACUUACCACCGUAAGCUAAGAUGGACAGAGCCAGUCCGGUACUGGCACAAGGUGUCCCUCCUGACGUGCCUAAAUCACACUGUGCACCAAAGCGGGUGGUCCUCAGAUGUCGCGAACAAUAUUUUCAAGACCAGGGAGCGAUGGUUACGGCUUUCUUUGAUUCGCAAAAUCUCAAACCUCCAGAGGACUACUAUACACAUAUAUGUUUUGAACCCUCUUCGCCUUCCAAUUUAUAUCUUGUCCUUGACCUCCAUUGCAAAGAGACCCCCGGUGUCGACCUCAGCGAGUUGGAACUUCAAGUUUUCAAAGUUUCGAGAAGAGAUGCAUUUAUAUUUGAAAACCUCGGAGAGGCUGCUCGCAAGCUCGCUCGCCAGCGAUCUCUUAGUCUGCGUUGGGGAACUAACCAGUCUAAUCAGAGGAGUUAGGCGGCGUAUUUCCCAAAUAAACAGGACAGUCCCCUUCUAUAUCCGUGUCUUAAGCAUUGAGGGCCAAUAGGAGAUCUCUGAGUUUCCCGCUUGGAGGCAUAUAUGGCUGGGUGCCGUUUUGAGGUGCGUUUGGACAGUAGCUGAUAUAGUUGCGGAUCCGGUGGGGAGGGUCACCGUUACAAGAGUUAUAUGUCUUGCAAGCCCACUCGCAUAUUAUGUUAAGAGGACGGGCUAAUAUAAGGAAGGGAGUUUGUAAAUACUUGAUGGUGAAGCUUUGCCCUGCAGUUGCAAUAAUGAUGAUGUUUUGCUAAUAAGGACCUGAAGAUUAAAGGACUGGGUAAAAUCUGUAUAGUUAAUAGAGUGCCGUCUUUUAUAUAGGGCCAGAGCAAUGCAAGCUGCCAUCUCCUUCACCUCAGGCUGCAGUCUUGGCAUUUCCGGG